GUCCAUGGUUGUAUUAUGUUGAGCUGCUUGGUUAGUUUGUAUUCUGGACCUCAGAGUGAUAAUCCAGUCAUUGUAGAUUAUACUGAUGAUACUGAGCAUCCAACUGUCAGAUAUCCUGAAACAUCAGAGAUAUCCUACUCAUCCUCAUCAGAACCUCAUCAUCCUUCAAGCCGACGACCUCCACACGCCCUGGAGGACUACAACGAACCUAUCCACCCUCUUCCGGACUACAGUGAACCUCCACCUCGUGAUGUUAAGAACCAUGUUAAACUAGAUUACGCAGCUCCAGAUCUAAAUGUAGAAAUCUAUGAAGAUGAUUAUGUGGCUCCAGAUUUAGAAGGGUUUACAGCGGACAAAUACCUAAAGUCAACUCCGAGCUCCGACGUGCCCAAACUGAGUACCCAUCCCCCGAUCAAUGACAUCUAUGAAGAACCUAUCCAAACCUAUCCAACCUUUGAUGAUUUACCACUAGACGAAGAUGUGAUAGACAGGCCUAUUCUCAAACCAAAGAAGAAGAAGAAGAAGAAGCAUCAAACGAAGACUAGAAUGAUGAAACCUGAUCUUGUAUUUCUAAAUGAUGAAGAUGAUCAGUAUCCAGACAAGGAAGUCUAUGAUCCUGAACCAUAUGUUGAGGAUGAACCCUAUCUAAAACCUUUCCACGAAGAAUCCCCGUAUCAUGCUCCUUACUUUCAGGAAGAUAUUUAUCAUCAAUCCUCCAAACAAAACAAUCCAAAACAAAUAAUAAAACCACAAGAUUAUAAACCUUUUGAAGAGCAUUACAAGCCUUAUAAGAAACCUAACUAUGAUAAACCCAGAUUUGAUUACAAAGAUCAAAUCCACGAUGAACCAAAUCCAUAUCCGGAAGAAUUUCCCUAUUAUGAAACAUACCCGGAGCACGAUAAUAAACCUGAACCCGAACCUUACUACCUUGGAAAUAUUUAUAAACCUGAGCCUUACCCUAAACAUGUUUACAAACCUGAACCUGAACCCUAUCAUCCUGAACCUAAACCCUACCAUCCUGAACCUAAACCCUACCAUCCUGAACCUGUUUAUAAAUCUGAACCUGCUCCACCUCCCUAUGGUUACAGAACCCCUAAAGAAUAUUAUGGUUCUAAGCUAAUUCCGGAGUUAGAUCCAGCCCUAAAGGACCCAAACUGGAAUGUCAAGGAUUUUAGUACUUGGAAGGAGAACCUGGAGAACAAAGAAUACGGAGGAACUCUGGCAAACCUAAGAACAAAGGGUGGAUAUCACCAAAACCCUGAGUCAAACAAUGAACUCCACAAUCCUGGAUUAAUCAAACCAGCAGGAUAUGAUCCAAACACGGAUCCUUACAAUGUACAUUACAAAUCUAGACCUGAACAUGAGAAGUAUGAAAAUAAUUAUGAAAACUACUAUCAACCCUAUCCACAGGACUACACCCAAUACAAACCAGUGGUUUAUGAAACUCCAAAGCCUUUCGAUAUAUCAUUCGAGGACUGGCUGGAUACUUCAGGUGUUGAAGCUUUUGGUCUUCCUUCAGAUGAGGUUAACCAUUAUCAGUAUGCUCCAGUGUCCUAUGAUCAUAUUGGACACAGAAGCUUGAAAAGCCAUGAAUACUAUGACAAACCCUUAUCCAAUAUUGCCUCUUCUCCUUAUCAGAACUACAGGCAUACACAGUCCUAUGAGAACUACAGGCCUACGGAGUCCUACUAUCACCUUCCUAAUUCUUAUCAGUACUCAGAUCAUAAAGCUCAGGUUGAGUCUCCUAUCCUGACCCAUAGUGCACUGGAUGCACUGAGAACUAUCAGUGGUACCAGACUCUCUUCUCACCAGACCAGACAAGUUCAUAUUCCUCAACACUUCAUCCAACCUUCUCAUCCCCAAGCUUUUUCAUCCCACUUUAUUCCAUCCUCAACCAAUCAACCCUACUCAGAUAAAUACCCGGAGUAUUACCCUGAUCCGUCCUCCUGGAACUCAACCAGGGAGGAGAGAAAACCCGAACAUGAAACCUUGUUUAGAGAAACUGUGGAGGAAAAAAUUCCAGAUUCCAGCCCGGUUCUUUUUAACUCCAAUCCUGUAUCCUACGUUGUUCAACCUACCGUAGAUUUUAGUGUUUCCAAACCAAGAGAAACAAAUCCAACUGGAUCCAACCCCAGAGCGCCUAAUCCAACCUUUACAGCUGGAUCUAAUCUAAGAGCAGCUAAGCCAACCUUCACUGCUCAAUCUGGACCUAGAGCAGGUAAACCAACAUUUAAUGCUCAAUCUGGACCUAGAGUUAACCCCCAACGGAAAUAUCAAGGUUCUGAUCCAAAGAGAAAAUCUCCGUCAAGAUCUAAAAAGUUCCGAGGUUCUAAUGGUUCACUAUGGAGCGGAUUGUCAAAUUUUGCACAAACUAUUAUUGAUAAAACUCCAAGUCCUUUGGAUUUGCUCAGUUUUGGAUCUGAGAAUUACAGAGAGUACAGGGAGCAUCAAGGACUAAGUGAAGACUAUUAUAGUGAUAUGGAUUAUGCAGAUUCAGCAUUGGACUUUACUAUUUCUGAACAGGAACCAGAGUACCUGGAUAUGGACUUUUCAGAGUCCGUGAAUCAUGUCAAGAUGAUUAAAUCAGAUCAUGAAGUUGAGAAUACCAAGCUUAAAUCUGACCCUGACAAGCCCAAUCCAUCUCUUGAGGAAUUCUUUCACUUAAGAGAGCUUAACAACGGAACGGAGAGAGACACAUUGAAUACUACUGACGUUAUCCGGGAUCUUGGAGAACUCAGAAAUGAGGAUUCAGAUCAUCAAGAAGAAACUAUGAUUGAAAUCAUUCCUGUGGGCUCUCAACCAGAUUUUAAGGUUUUAAACGAUGAGAUGAGCAGCGAUGAUUUGACAAAUCCAAAGUCAUCAACUACACAGGAUAUACAGAUACAGACAUUCGGAGAGUUAGGAGAUAGAAGUGAAAAGGACAGCAAUCAGCUGUCUAACAGUCGAAAUGAUGACAGCAAUCAACUUCCUAACAGUCAAAUUGACAGCUCUCAGCUGUCUUACAGUCUGAAUGACAGCACUCAACUGUCUAACAGUCGGAAUAAUGGGAGUAAACAACUGCCUAAAAGUCAGAAUGACAGCCCUCAACUGUCUAACAGUCGAAAGGACAACACUCAACUGUCUAACAGUCAUAAUGACAGCUCUCAAAUGUUUAGUAGUCAGAAUGACAGCUCUCAACUAUCUAACAAUCAGAAUGACAUCGUUCAACUGUCAAACAGUCAGAAUGACAGCUCUCAACUAUCUAACAAUCAGAAUGACAUCGUUCAACUGUCAAACAGUCAGAAUGACAGCUCUCAACUGUCUAACAGUCAGUUUGACAGCACUCAGCGCUCAGAUUUCUUAGAAAUGAGGAUGAUAAACAAGGAUAAUAAACAAGAGGGACAUAAUAUUCAAGAAGCAUUCAGAAACAUUAAUGAAUCAAGUGCAGUCAACAACUCAAAUUAUUCAAAAGAUAAUGAUGAUGACACUGGUUCCAAUGAUUCGUAUGUCAAUGCUUUUUCGGCUUUAAUCAUUCCAAGUCAUUCUAAUAAAUCCGAGAAAUAUUUUUAUUCCAAAGAAUCAGAUGGUUCCAAUGAUUUCAGUGGUUCAGAUAAUUUCUCAGAAAUCAAUCAUCCGAAACCCACUGUUGCACUUCCCAUGAAUAUACACAAGACAAGCUCUAGUUCACUGAAAACCAUGUUUAUGUACUUGGAGUACAUAGCAGAUAAUAAAUCAGUCUUGGGCAGUACACUGUACAAUGCAGCAAAACUUUUCCAGACCAAGAUGAACGAAAACGGGGAUAAUUAAAGUGAUUCUAAAUAACUUGUAAUCGCAAUUUUAAAUACAUAAUUACCAGUGAUUAGAUAAAGUGCCAAAAACAUUAUGAGUUGCAUUACAUUGUGCUUCUAGUCAUAUUUUGUGAUACAUCAGAACUGUUAACAUAAAACAAUAACAAAUCUAAUUUGAUACGUAGAUUUGAUUGAAUAAAAUGAACUAAAUUCUUAAA